CCUUUAGCCUCGAACCCCAUGGAGGAAACAGUUAGGAUUGGUGGACGCUGCACCCAGCAUCCUGCAAACAGAAUUCUGAAAACCGGCAAGCUUCUUGGCCUACAGGCAGGAAGAGAUGGCAGCCGGGGAGACGCAGCUCUACGCCAAGGUCUCCAACAAGCUCAAGGGCCGCAGCACCCCCUUACUCCUGGAGCCCCUCCUGGCCAUGGGCUUCCCGGUGCAUACCACGCUGAAAGCAUUGGCAGCCACGGGGAGGAAGACGGCGGAGGAAGCCUUGGUCUGGCUGCAUGAUCAUUGCAAUGACCCUUCCCUAGAUGACCCCAUCCCCCAGGAGUAUGCCCUUUUCCUCUGUCCAACGGGGCCCCUGCUGGAAAAACUUCAAGAGUUCUGGAGAGAGAGCAAGCGCCAGUGUGCAAAGAACAGAGCUCAUGAGGUCUUCCCACAUGUGACACUCUGUGACUUCUUCACGUGUGAAGACCAGAAGGUGGAGUGCCUGUACGAGGCGCUGAAGAGGGCUGGAGACAGGCUCCUGGGCUCCUUCCCCGUGGCCGUGCCCCUGGCUCUCCAUUCCUCCAUCAGCUACCUCGGCUUCUUCAUCAACGGCAGCCCCGCAGACGUCAUCCGGGAAUUCGCGAUGACCUUCGCCACGGAAGCAUCUCUCUUAGCAGACUGCUCCGUGAAGCCUUGUACGAAGCAGCUGCAUCUGACCUUGGCCCACAAGUUCUACCCCCACCACCAGAGGACGCUGGAGCAGCUGGCCAGAGCCAUCCCCCUGGGCCACAGUUGCCAGUGGACUGCUGCGCUCUACUCCCGAGACAUGCGCUUUGUGCACUACCAGACCCUGAGAGCCCUAUUCCAGUACAAACCCCAGAACGUGGAUGAGUUGACGCUAAGUCCUGGUGACUACAUCUUUGUGGACCCCACGCAGCAGGACGAAGCCAGCGAGGGCUGGGUGAUUGGGAUCUCACAGCGGACAGGCUGCCGGGGCUUCCUGCCUGAAAACUACACAGAUCGAGCCAGCGAGUCUGACACGUGGGUUAAGCACAGGAUGUACACCUUCAGUCUAGCCACGGACCUGAACUCCAGAAAGGACAGUGAAGCCAGCAGCAGAUGCAAUGGGGAAUUUCUUCCACAAACGGCAAGGAGUCUUAGCAGCUUACAGGCCUUGCAGGCCACCGUUGAAAGGAAGAGCGUGCUGGUGGUUCGCCAUGGGGAGAGAGUGGAUCAGAUCUUCGGGAAGUCGUGGCUGCAGCAAUGCUCCACUCCUGACGGGAAAUACUACAGGCCAGACCUGAACUUCCCUUGCAGUCUGCCCAGACGAAGUCGUGGGAUCAAAGACUUUGAAAACGAUCCCCCAUUAUCAUCGUGUGGCAUUUUCCAGUCCAGAAUUGCAGGGGACGCACUACUGGACAGUGGUAUCAGAAUCAGCUCUGUGUUCGCCUCCCCAGCCCUCCGCUGUGUGCAGACAGCCAAACUCAUCCUGGAAGAACUCAAACUGGAGAAAAAAAUCAAGAUACGAGUGGAACCUGGAAUCUUUGAAUGGACAAAAUGGGAAGCUGGAAAAACCACCCCAACCCUCAUGAGCCUGGAAGAGCUGAAAGAGGCAAAUUUCAACAUCGACACUGGUUACAGUUUCCAGCACAAAACUGGAGCCUCCCUGUUGACCACGAGCCUGCCUGGAGGGAGAGCCAUCCUGGAAGAACAUUCUCCUUCCCCAGCUAACUGCAGCCGUGCCCUCCUAAUCCCUACCAAAGGGCCAGGGCAGCAGCCUCUCCAUCUCCUCCUUCCAGGCCCGCAUUUCCCCUGUCUGCCCUCUUGCCAGCCGAGAGCUACCAGGAGUACGUGGACAGGUGCACGGCGAGCGUGGUGCAAAUCGUCAACACCUGUCCGCAGGACAGUGUUCUUAUUUCACACAGCGGGCGCCAUCCUCAUUGUGAGUCACGGCUCCGCGCUGGACUCCUGCACGCGGCCACUGCUCGGGCUGCCGCCCCGGGAAUGUGGGGAUUUUGCCCAGCUCGUGAGAAAGAUCCCUUCCCUGGGCAUGUGCUUCUGUGAAGAAAAUAAAGAGGAAGGAAAAUGGGAGUUGGUGAACCCACCGGUGAAGACCCUGACCCACGGGGCGAACGCAGCAUUUAACUGGAGGAACUGGAUCUCAGGCAACUGAGAGCCAUGGUGAUGUUCUCAUAACCUCAGAGUGGAGAGGCAGAGACCACGUGCAGAGGCUAGAAGAUGCUCUUUCCAGAGGCGUCUUAGUCUCACCCAAUGUGAUUUGUAAAAGCACAAGACGCACUUUUAUAUUCCGGAAUAUUUCCCUCCGGCUUUCGCCUUUGUAACUCCCAUCUGUGGACCCAUCCUCCACCAGCUCAGCUGUGGGGAGCACAGGGCAGAUGGCUGGGUGAGGACACCCCCCUGCAGCAUGUACACUGAGUGUCUGCAGCGGGGGACACAACUGCUCGGGACUCUAAAUUCCAGGAAUUAAAGACUCACCACAAACGAAGGAUCUAACCACUUCAUUUUCCAUGGUCUGAUCAUUAAAUUCCCAAUCGUU